CGUGCUAAGGAAAAUAAAGAGAAACCGUUAGAGUUGAGUAAUCGGUUUUGCGAGGAGUAUUUGGUGGAUAUGGGUGCACUUCAGUGCCUCCUUCCCACCCACCAGCCACGUGUCAGCGACCAUAUGGAUCACAUUAUUAAAAUGAUUCAAAAGAUCAUUGAGAAUGAUUGUGGGUAUGUAGUGGAAGGAGAUGUGUUUUUUUCUGUCGAAAAAUCACACAACUAUGGUAAGUUAUCUGGUCAGCUGCUGGAACAUACACGAGCCGGCGAGCGAGUUGCUGUUGAUUCCAGAAAACGUAACCCUGCUGAUUUUGCACUAUGGAAGGCUGCAAAACCUGGUGAGAUAAGUUGGGAGAGCCCAUGGGGUCCAGGAAGACCCGGAUGGCACAUCGAGUGCAGUGCCAUGAGUGCUCAUUAUCUCUCUCCCAGAUUUGACAUUCAUGGUGGUGGUGAAGAUCUCAAAUUCCCCCACCAUGAGAACGAGAUCGCUCAGACGUGUGCCGCACAUGAGGAUGGUGGUGUCAACUACUGGUUGCAUAAUGGGCAUGUCACUAUUAACAACGAGAAGAUGGCCAAGUCAAAGAAGAACUUCAAACCAAUCAGAGAAGUCACAAAAAAGUACCAUCCAUUGGCUCUGAGGCACUUCUUGAUGAGUGUACACUACCGGUCUCCUCUGAGUUUCUCACGGUCGCAGCUAGACAGUUCGUCUGAAGCUUUGUAUUAUGUUUAUCAGACAUUGCAAGAUCUUGAUGAUGCCCUGUUGCCAUAUCAAGAAGCAAUGGCUGAAGACGGUGGAAAAGCUCAAGUGACUGCAGAAGCCAAAGACAUCAUUAACAAGCUCAAAAGUGAGUUUGAAGCUAAGAUGUUGGACGAUCUGAAUACUGCCCAUAUACUCACAGGUGCUUACCAAGAAGCAUUGAAAUUCAUCAACGCUUCCAUUGGCAAGCUCAAGAAAAUGCAGAAGAAACAGCGAGUGUCCCUGCUUGUGUCACUCGUUGAGAUUGAGAAAGCAGCCAGGGAAGUUCUUGAUGUGCUUGGUUUGCUCACAACCCUGAGCUAUGCCGAGAUUCUGAAAGAAAUGAAGCAGAAAACACUAACAAGAGCAGGGUUGAGCGAAGAAGACAUUGCACAGAAGAUAGAAGAAAGGAUAAUGGCGCGGAAGAACAAAGAGUUCGAGAAAAGUGAUGAGAUCAGAGCAGAAUUGACUGUUCAAGGAAUAGCAUUAAUGGAUAUUGGCAACGACACUGUGUGGAGGCCAUGCUUCUCUAGUUCUCAGGCUUAUUCCAGCGAUGGAGAUGAGUCAUCUUCCUAAAAGUCAAACCCUUUAUUCUUUAAGGCUGGUUCUUUAUAUUACUCUUGUUUUGUUUUGAGUUGUCCCAAUGACACCUUAUAGACCGCAUCUUCUAAUACAUGAAAGAUUCGCAGUGACAAUUAUAUCAGGUCAACAUUAUUUUACUUUGGAUAUUGUUCUAG